AUGCAGCCCCGGUGUCCCCGUAGCAGCAGCCGCCACAGCAGCAGCAGUCGCAGCAGCAGCAGCAGCAGAAGCAACAAAAGUCACCCAAACAGCAGCGGCAGCAGCAGCAGCAGCAGCAUAAACAGCAGCUGCUGCUGUCCUAUCUUGACAGCGUGUCUCGAGUGCGAGCUGCUUCGCCUGAACCUCUUGGCUGCUUGUGCGUCCGUACACCCUAAGCGCCAGCUGAAUAUAUGGUCGCGAGCCGCCGAAAAGCAACUGCAGCAGCAGCAGCAGCAGCUGCAGCUGCAGCAGCAGCUGGAAGAGUCCCUAAGCAGCAGCAUCUGCAUAGGCGCUGCUGCUGGCGCUUCGCCGUCGCUGCAGCCGUCAGCAGCACAGAGUCUGGAAGCCUAUUGGGAGCGGCUGCAGGCGAUGCCUGUUGUCUUUGAGACUUUGGGCCCCUGCGAUUUGUCUCCUCUUGACAUAAAACAAAUUGAAAAGGACUUCACCAGAGAAACAGUAAAAAUAAACCAACGCGCAUGCAAGGGUGCUGAUGGACUGCAGCAGCUCCUGACCGCCAUUUGCAGGGGGCUAAGAGAAACGGAGAGAACUCCAGCAGCAGCAGCAGAAGCAGGACUAUCAACCGCAACAGCAGCAGCAGCAGCAGCAGCAGCAGGCCCACCUUCGUGGAGCCUUCCAAGAACAGUGGAGGCCCUCAUUUCCCUGAAACUUCUUCCCACAGAUAUCUGUGGUGGCAGCCGCAGCAAGAGAAUCAGCAGCAGCAGCAGCAGCAGCGAGGAAGCAGGGGCUGCAGCAGAAGCUGCAGAGGGCGCUGCUGCUGAAGACCUGUGGAAUGUGUGGGCAGCAGCAGCAAGAGUCUGCUGCGCGCUGCAGCUGCUCGCAGUCUCCUCCCGCACCCACGGCGGCGGCGUCUCCUUUGCUGCAGCAAUGAAGGCCUUCGCCUGUCCCUCCUUGUCUUUGCUGCUGCGCCCUGACAACCGCGCUCCCCAGCAGCAGCAGCAGCAGCAGCAUCAAGGGGAACAGCAGCAGCAGCAGGGGGAGCAGCAGCAGCUGCCGAAGCAGGAACAGCAGGACGAAGAAGCUCCUAACGCGACUGACAUUGUGCUUAGCUGCUGCGUGCAGCAGCGGCGUCUCGAGCAGGCGAUGGGGCAGGGGCAGCAGCAGCAGCAGCAACAGCAACAGCAAAGGCAGCAGCAGCAGAUACCGACAACGGAACCACUGAUAGAGGGGGGCCCUCUGCUCGCAGCAGUCCAUUCGGCUACUCCAUUCGCGCUGCUUCUACCUGACCACUACGCCGCCCCUCUUGACCAGGAGCAGCAGCAGCAGCAGCAGAAGCAGCAGCAGCAGCAGCAGCAGCAGGGAAUCUCGGAGCUUCUGGGAAGUGUUAAAGUUGCUGCGCACUUUUUUGCGACCUUCCGCAGCGUUUUGCUGCUGCAGCCUACCGCUGAAUUGCUGCAGGCUGACGAGGAUUUGGCCCACCAAGUGCUGUCAAGAGCAGCAGCAGCAGCUCUCAUUGGUCCCGUUUUGCUGCAAGAGAUUCAGCAAGAGUUCACUACGAACUCUUCCCCCCCAGAUAUGCCACCGGAAGGGGCCCCUAGUGUCGAUGGGGGCCCCCCAGGGGCCCCCCUUGGGGCCCCUAUGGGGGCCGCCCUGGGGGUCCCUAGGGGUCCCCCCAAGGGGGGCCCCAGGGGCCUCCUGUGGCUGCCGGCGCGGCUGUCGCAGCAGUGGGUGCUGGUGAGCAGCAGCAGCAGGAGCGGGGUGUCUGUACACCCCAAAGGUGCGGGAGAAGCAGCAAACGUGCAAGUGGAAACAAAUAAAGAAGCAGCAAUAAGGGCCCCUCAAGAAGCAGCAGUGGGGUGUGGGGAAUCUGCAUAA